UCUUUAGUAUUCAGAUCCCCUGCAAUCAUUCCCUGUCCUGUUGUAACCACUGUAACCUCUUAUACUUACAACCUUAUAAAUUUCGUUCCUUGGCCAUUUUUUCACAAACCAAAGAAGAAAAAGAAGAAGAGAAUGGGUGAUUUUGCAAGCCCCUUCAGACAGCCACCUCCUACUCCACCAAAAUCCAACUUACCUACCUUAUAUUAUGGCAUCGUGGUGAUCGCGACUGCCGCUCUGUUGUUAGCCCUAUACAACCUCCUAAUUGUCAGAUGGUGCACACGGAGCCACCAAAUCCAGAGAGCACCAAGACAAAGAAGCCUGUUGGAGGAGAUCUCAACCAGUCAGAGAUGUGAAAACCCCAACAGGAACUUGUUGUCCAGCUUCAAGUACAAGAAAGGAGUGGCAGCAGAUGAACAAGGCGUUGAGCUGAAUAAUUGUGAUUGUGCAGUUUGCUUAUCAGCUUUCGAGGAAGGUGAAGAGGUGCGGAAACUGCCGCGGUGCAAGCACUCCUUUCAUGCUCCAUGCAUAGAUAUGUGGCUCUACUCUCAUGCUGAUUGCCCGCUUUGUAGGUCACCCGUUGGCUGGCUGUGUCAGCGACAUGUCGUGUAUACACAGCAAGCAAAUUCUCAAGAAAAUGUGCAGGACUCAGGCAGCUCAGUUUGAUGGAUUUUGUUUUUCCCAUCGGGAAGAGGAAUUCUGAUUACAUUUCGUGUGUGGUGGGUAUCUGUGACCUGUCAGGUUGAUAAUAACAAACAAAGAAUAUAGAUAGGAAGCAAGUUGCACUGAGUGGGACAAGAUGUUUGUGUUUCAAAUUAAGCCGAGUCGUCAACCAUGGAGGUCGAUUAUAUACAGAACAUUAAUAGGUUUUAGUGUAACAGCUUCGCCAAUCCAGCUUUAAGUUCCAUCAUUGCAAUCCUAUACAUUUUUCACUUUUGUAGUGUUCA